GGCUCGGCCAGUUUUGCUAGGGCCGUCUGGCGAGCCACACUAAUUCCCAAUUUUUGGUAUCGCUAGGAUUCGGCGGCUGUGAAACUGAUUUCCGGUCGCUAAGGUCUCCAUGGAGACAGCACUUUAACCCCUUUCUCCCACUGUCAUUCCUCAACUCCACGUGGUUCAGAAAUCGCCCAGAGAAUGUUUGUGGGAGUCAGCCAGGAAGGUGUAGAGUGAAGCAGCGUUCUAAAGGGAAGCAAAAUCAGUACAUGGUGGUACCUCCUGUUAGUCUAACAAGUCACUGAGUGACUACUGUUAAUUCUAUUUAAAAUGGGUGUAAAGAAGAAGAAAGAAAUGCAAGUUACUGUGUUGACCAUUUGCCAUCAGGACCUUGAAACUUUGAAAUCUUUUGCUGAUGUGGAAGGGAAAAAUCUAGCUUCUUUGCUGUUACGUUGUGUACAACUCACGGAUGGAGUGUCACAAAUCCAUUAUGUUAAACAAAUUGUGCCUCUGCUGGAGAAAGUAGAUGAAAAUGGCGUGUGUGAUCCCACUAUUCAAAGUUGUUUGGAUAUUUUAGCAGGCAUUUAUCUUUCUUUGAGUCUAAAGAAUCCCUUGAAGAAAGUAUUGGCAAGCUCACUAAAUAGCCUACCUGAAUUUUUUCUACCUGAAGCUGUACACCGUUUUACUUCUCGUCUUCAGGAAGAAUUGAAUACUACUGACUUAUACUCUUAUAGGAAAGUAAUUGACAAUAUAUCUUCCUGUAUGGAGAACUUUAACUUGGGUAGAGCAGGUGUUAAUAAUCUGCUUAAAAAUGUGCUUCAUUUUCUGCAGAAGAGUUUAAUUGAAAUCGUGGAAGAAAAUAGAAAAUGUGCUGGAAAUCAUAUUAUUCAAACACAGUUGAUGAAUGACUUAUUGGUAGGCAUUAGAGUUUCAAUGAUGUUAGUACAGAAAGUACAAGAUUUCCAGGGAAAUCUUUGGAAGGCUUCCAAUUCUCCCAUAUGGCAAAAUAUGUGUGGAUUGCUGAGUAUUUUUACCAAGUUUUUAAGCGAUGAUGAUCUAUUACAGACUGUACAGAGCACAUCUGGAUUAGCUAUUAUUCUUUUUAUUAAGACUAUGUUUCACCCAUCUGAAAAGAUUCCUCAUUUGAUAAGCAGUGUGCUUCUUCAUUCAGUGGACUGCACCAGCGUCCCCGAGUGGUUUAUGAGCAGUUGCAGAAGCCUCUGUUGUGGUAACGUCUCUGGGUCAGCUGUCUUAUUCCUAUGUCAGGGGACACUUGCCAUGUUGGACUGGCAGAAUGGGAGCAUGGGUCGGAGUGGGGAGGCCCUUCUCUUGGAUACCGCACAUGUUUUGUUCACCUUGAGUUCACAGAUUAAAGAGCCAACGCUGGAAAUGUUUCUGUCUAGAAUCAUGGCAUCCUGGACUAAUUCAGCCAUACAAGUCCUUGAAUCAAGUUCCCCCAGCCUAAGGGACAGCCUGAAUGGGAAUUCAAGUAUAGUUGGGAGACUUUUGGAAUAUGUCUAUACCCAUUGGGAACAUCCAUUGGAUGCUCUAAGACACCAAACCAAAAUCAUGUUCAAAAACCUUCUCCAAAUGCACCGGCUCACUGUGGAAGGUGCAGGUUUGGUCCCUGAUCCUUUCUUUGUGAAACUGACUGAGUGUCUUCUGCGAUUGGAAUGGCAUAUUAAAGGAAAGUACAUGUGCCUUGGUUGUUUGGUAGAGUGCAUAGGAAUUGAACAUAUUCUGGCUAUAGAUAAAACUAUUCCAUCUCAAAUCUUAGAGGUGAUGGGGGACCAGUCAUUGGUACCUUAUGCAAGUGACCUCUUGGAAACCAUGUUUAAAAAUCAUAAGAGUCAUUUGAAAUCCCAGACUGCUGAGAGUUCUUGGAUUGACCAGUGGCAUGAGACUUGGGUUUCUCCUCUCCUUUUUAUACUGUGUGAAGGAAACUUGGAUCAAAAAUCUUACGUGAUUGAUUAUUACUUGCCAAAAUUACUAAGUUACAGCCCUGAAAGCUUACAGUACAUGGUAAAGAUUCUUCAGACUUCUAUUGAUGCUAAAACUGGACAAGAGCAAUCUUUCCCAUCCUUAGGGUCUUGUAAUAGCAGGGGGGCUCUGGGAGCUUUGAUGGCAUGUCUGCGAAUAGCUAGAGCUCAUGGACAUCUUCAGUCUGCUACUGAUACCUGGGAGAACCUCGUGUCUGGUGCAAGAAUAAAGCAAGGCUUAAUUCAUCAGCAUUGUCAAGUAAGGAUAGAUACAUUAGGCUUGCUUUGUGAAAGUAAUCGAAGCACAGAAAUUGUUUCCAUGGAAGAAAUGCAGUGGAUUCAGUUCUUUAUUACAUACAAUCUUAACAGCCAGUCUCCAGGAGUGCGGCAACAGAUCUGUUCACUUCUUAAAAAGUUGUUUUGUAGAAUACAGGAAAGUUCUCAGGUACUUUAUAAAUUGGAGCAGAAUAAAUCCAAACAUGAACCAGAGAAGGAGUUAACCAAACAGCACCCUUCUGUUUCUUUACAGCAGUAUAAGAAUUUCAUGUCAUCCAUUUGUAACAGUCUUUUUGAAGCAUUGUUUCCUGGAUCUUCCUACUCAACUAGAUUUUCAGCUUUAACCAUUUUAGGCUCAAUAGCUGAAGUUUUUCAUGUCCCAGAAGGUAGAAUUUAUACAGUAUAUCAGCUGAAUCAUGAUAUUGAUGUUGGUCGUUUCCAAGCACUAAUGGAAUGUUUUACCAGCACUUUUGAAGAUGUGAAAAUGUUAGCAUUUGAUCUUCUGAUGAAGUUAUCAAAAACAGCUGUACAUUUUCAGGAUUCAGAGAAACUGCAAGGCUUAUUUCAGGCAGCAUUGGCGCUCAGCACAAGCACCAAACCAUACGACUGUGUGACAGCUUCCUACCUGCUGAACUUCUUAAUCUGGCAGGAUGCUCUACCGUCAUCCUUGUCUGCCUACUUAACUCAGCAAGUUGCAUGUGGUGAUGGAGAUAGACCAGCUACUGUGGUGGAAAGGAACACAUUAAUGGUUAUCAAAUGCUUGAUGGAAAAUCUUGAGGAGGAGGUGUAUCAGGCUGAAAAUUCUCUGCUUCAGGCAGCAGCAUCAUUUCCAAUGUAUGGGCGUGUCCACUGUAUAACAGGAGCUUUGCAGAAGUUAUCUCUAAACAGCCUGCAGUUGGUGAGCGAGUGGAGACCUGUGGUAGAGAAGCUCCUUUUGAUGUCCUACAGGCUUUCCACUGUGGUAUCUCCAGUCAUUCAGAGCUCAUCCCCUGAAGGCCUCAUACCAAUGGACACUGAUUCAGAGUCAGCAAGCCGCUUACAGAUGAUUCUGAAUGAGAUUCAGCCUCGAGAUACUAAUGAUUAUUUUAACCAAGCCAAAAUAUUGAAAGAACAUGAUAGCUUUGAUAUGAAGGACUUGAAUGCCAGUGUGGUGAAUAUUGAUAUUUCUACAGAAAUCAAAGGUAAAGAAGUAAAAACAUGUGAUGUAACCGCGCAGAUGGUGCUGGUAUGUUGUUGGAGAAGUAUGAAGGAAGUUGCUUUACUUUUAGGCACGUUGUGCCAGCUUCUGCCCAUGCAGCCUGUGCCAGAAUCUUCUGAUGGAUUAUUGACAGUGGAGCAGGUAAAAGAAAUAGGAGAUUACUUUAAACAACACCUUUUGCAGUCCAGGCACAGAGGAGCAUUUGAACUGGCUUAUACUGGUUUUGUGAAACUAACUGAAGUACUAAACAGGUGCCCAAAUGUGAGUCUGCAAAAGCUGCCGGAGCAGUGGCUAUGGAGUGUUUUAGAGGAAAUCAAAUGCAGUGAUCCUUCAUCUAAACUCUGUGCUACAAGGCGCAGUGCUGGAAUUCCGUUCUACAUACAGGCACUGUUGGCAUCUGAACCAAAGAAAGGCAAAAUGGAUUUGUUGAAAAUAACAAUGAAAGAGUUAAUCUCUUUGGCUGGGCCUACAGAUGACUUACAGAGCACAGUCCCCCAGGUUCAUGCUUUAAAUAUCCUUAGAGCGUUGUUCAGAGAUACACGCCUGGGAGAAAAUAUUAUUCCUUAUGUUGCUGAUGGAGCUAAGGCUGCAAUUCUGGGUUUUACAUCACCGGUCUGGGCAGUGCGAAAUUCAUCCACACUUCUCUUUAGUGCCUUGAUCACAAGAAUUUUUGGAGUUAAAAGGGCAAAGGAUGAACUUUCCAAAACAAAUAGAAUGACAGGGAGAGAGUUUUUCUCUCGUUUCCCAGAACUCUAUCCUUUUCUUCUCAAACAGUUGGAAACUGUAGCCAAUGCAGUAGACAGUGAUAUGGGAGAACCAAAUCGUCAUCCAAGCAUGUUUCUCUUACUUUUGGUGUUGGAGAGACUCUACCCUUCUCCGAUGGAUGGUACUUCUUCUGCUCUCAGCAUGGGACCUUUUGUUCCCUUCAUUAUGAGGUGUGGUCACUCACCUGUCUAUCACUCCCGUGAAAUGGCAGCUCGUGCCUUGGUCCCAUUUGUUAUGAUAGAUCACAUUCCUAAUACCAUUCGAACUCUGUUGGCCACACUCCCCAGCUGCACUGACCAGUGUUUCCGGCAAAACCAUAUUCAUGGGACACUUCUCCAGGUUUUUCAUUUGUUGCAAGCCUACUCAGACUCCAAACACAGAACGAAUUCAGACUUCCAGCACGAGCUGACUGACAUCACUGUUUGUACCAAAGCCAAACUCUGGCUGGCCAAGAGAUCCCCAAAUCUGAGCCCACUUACUAUUUCUACUAUGUGGUUCAAAGAGCUGCUCCAUAUAUUGAAUGAAGAAAAAAAUCCAUUUAUUGGGGAAAAAUGUCAUCUCCAGUGUUUGUUAAUCUUGCCAUUUGUCUGUUGUUCAGCUCGUUAUUUCAAGUCCACAGAUACAGUUUUUAAUAUGCAAAAUCCAUGUUUGGUGACCAGAGCUGUAUAUAUUGAUAUUCUCUUCCUGUUGACUUGCUGCCUCAACAAAUCUGUAAAGGACAACCAGCCAGUUCUGGAGAGUCUUGGCUUCUGGGAGGAAGUCAGAGGGAUUAUCUCAGGAUCAGAGCUGAUAACAGGAUUCCCUUGUGCCUUCAAGGCGCCGGGCCUGCCCCAGUACCUCGAGAGCCUCACUAGACUAACCAUUGCUGCAGUGUGGGCUGCAGCAGCCAAGAGUGGAGAGCGGGAGAGGGAUGUCCCCAUCUCUUUCUCUCAGCUGUUAGAAUCUGCCUUCCCUGAAGUGCGCUCACUGACACUGGAAGCCCUCUUGGAAAAGUUCUUGUCAGCAGCCUCUGGACUUGGAGAGAAGGGUCUGCCACCCUUGCUGUGCAACAUGGGAGAGAAGUUCUUAUUGUUGGCCAUGAAGGAAAAUCACCCAGAAUGCUUCUGCAAGAUACUGAAAAUUCUCCACUGUAUGGACCCUGGUGAGUGGCUUCCCCAGACGGAGCACUGUGUCCAUCUGACCCCAAAGGAGUUCUUGAUCUGGACGAUGGAUGUUGCUUCCAAUGAAAGAUCUGAAAUUCAGAGUGUAGCUCUGAGACUUGCUUCCAAAGUCAUUUCUCACCACAUGCAGACAUGUGUGGAGAACAGGGAAUUAAUAGCUGCUGAGCUGAAGCAGUGGGUUCAGCUGGUCAUCUUGUCCUGUGAAGACCAUCUUCCUACAGAGUCGAGGCUGGCCGUCGUUGAAGUCCUCACCAGUACUGCACCACUUUUCCUCACCAACCCCCAUCCUAUUCUUGAGUUGCAGGAUACACUUGCUCUCUGGAAGUGUGUCCUUACCCUUCUGCAGAGUGAGGAGCAAGCUGUUAGAGAUGCAGCCACGGAAACUGUGACAACUGCCAUGUCACAAGAAAAUACCUGCCAGUCAACAGCAGAGGGACCUCUACCCAUAACCAGGGAGGCAUUUUCUCAUCUGGGAAGAAAACUGAAGGACAGCUGCCGUCUUGGAGAGAGAAUACUGAUCUGGGAAUCAGGGAGUCCUCUCUUGAACUAUUUGCCUUCAGUUUCUCUAUCAAAUGAAGAGUUUGCCUUCUGCCAGGUGGAUGCCUCCAUCGCUCUGGCCCUGGCCCUGGCCGUCCUGUGUGAUCUGCUCCAGCAGUGGAACCAGCUGGCCCCUGGACUGCCCAUCCUGCUGGGAUGGCUGUUGGGAGACGGUGAUGACCUCGUGGUCUGUGUGGAGAGCAUGCAUCAGGUGGAAGAAGACUACCUGUUUGAAAAAGCAGAAGUCAACUUUUGGGCCGAGACCCUGAUCUUUGUGAAAUACCUCUGCAAGCACCUCUUCUGUCUCCUCUCCAAGUCUGGCUGGCGUCUUCCAAGCCCUGAGAUGCUCUGUCACCUUCAAAGGAUGGUGUCAGAGCAGUGCCGCCUCCUGUCUCAGCUCUUCAGAGAGCUUCCACCAGCUGCAGAAUUUGUGAAGACGGUGGAGUUCACAAGACUACGCAUUCAAGAGGAAAGGACUUUGGCUUGCUUGAAGCUGCUGGCCUUUUUGGAAGGAAAGGAAGGGGAAGACACCCUAGUUCUCAGUGUUUGGGACUCUUCUGCAGAAGCGAGGUAGUUAACUCUUCCAAGAACAGAGCAGCAUGUUGAAGAAAAUUUGGGGGAUUGGGAUGGGGGUAUGUGUGGAUUUUUCCUCACAAAUCUGCAGGAAACAUGUUGAACAUAAAUUCAAAAAUGUUAUCCCAUUCAUGCCUCCCCUAGUUCUGUGAGUCUGGUCGUCUGUCACUCCUCACAGAGAAACUGUUCUUCAGUUCACUCAUUCAGGGCAGCCUACUUUAUUGCUGCUACUGUAGGAAGUGAGGCGACUCUGCUGCAGAUUUCCUCUGUCCCCAGGUGCAGGCCACCUGCAGGCCUGAAUGAGCCUUUUUCAUCCCCCAGGGCCUCUAAUGCCCUGCCAUAGCCUCCCUACAUUCUCUGUGAAGGAACUACACAGAGUUGGAUUUUAGCACACACACAUGACCCCUCCCCCUCCCCUGUUCUGGCUUUAUGUAGGGGCUGGAUGAGUUGGCAAACAGCCCAUUUGGUCUGAUUCAUAAAUUUUGUUCCAUUUUAGCAAAGCAGAAAUAUGUUCCAAAUGUUGGAUCCUAGGAGAAUUCAGGAUCAACCUUGCACAAAUAAUUUAUUUUUAUUGUCUGCAUGUGUAAGUCCUGCAGUGACCUACACAUUCCAUCUUAAUUAUUCAAAGAGCCAUUGAGCAUUCCCCCACCCCCAAAAAAGUAUGCUUAUGCUAGGAAACCUGAUUUUGCCACCCAGUGAAAGUAUAUCCAUGCUCUUAGCUGUGAGGAGGAACCUGGGGAAAGGAGAGGCAGAGAAAAUGACUUAUUCUAUGCCUACAUUGUUUACCUAUCACUUGCUUGGUGGCAGUAACAAGAUUCUCACUUAAGAUGCCAUUAAACACAUUUAUCAGCCGGGCACGGUGGCUCACGCCUGUAAUCCCAGCGCUUUGUGAGGCUGAGGCAGGCAGAUCAUGAGGUCUGGAGUUCAAGACCAGCCUGACCAACAUAGUGAAACCCCAUCUCUACCAAAAAUACAAAAAUUAGCCAGGAGUGGUGGUGCGCACCUGUAAUCCCAGCCACUCAGAAGGCUGAGGCAGGAGAAACGCUUGAACCCAGGAGGUGGAGGUUGCAGUGAGCCGAGAUCACACCACUGCAUUCCAACCUGCACGACAGAGCGAGACUCCGUCACACACGCACACACAUACUGCACUCCAGCCUGGGCGACAGAGUGAGACUCCGUCACACACACACACACUCCAGCCUGCGUGACAGAGCGAGACUCUGACACACACACCCCCUUUGCAGUGAUUUUAAUCUAGAAACCUUAAUGAUUUUCUGCCUUUUCAAGCCCAGCCCAGCCCUCUUCCUCACACACCCGGCAGGUGGCGCUCUUGCAUACGUUUUGUUUCUGGUCCAGUUUUUCAUUGGCUCACCAUUUUUUAUUUAUAAUUUCAGAGUAAGUGUUACCCACUAACAGUUAUCUUGAGAAUCAUAGCUUUGGAUGGGUCGUAGCCUCAUCCGCAUCCAUUUUUCAUCCUACUGAUCUGAAAAAACAUUUCAAUCAUAGUAUAUAAAGUUGCUCCAGAUUUUAGGGUCUGUAAAAAAAAAAAAAAAAAAAACCUAAAUACUCAGGUGAAUGAUCACUUAGAGUAAUUUAUUGAUGUUUCAGAGUCUGAAGGGGCAGGUUAGAAGAGAGUGAGUUUACAAUCAUUUUCUACUGCAGAAAAGCUCAUAUUUCAAAUGUAGUUCAUCUCUCUUUGAGAGAUACAUUUAACACUAAAAAUGCAGCUGUAAGCCAGGCAUGGUGGUGCACACUUGUAAUCCCAGCUACUCAGGAGGCUGAGGUGGGAGGAUCGCCCAGGAGUUCAUGCCUGUGAAAGACCACUGCACUCCAGCCUGAGUAACACAGCAAGACCCCAUCACUAAAAGAAAGGAAUUUAAGAACAAAAAAGCAGCCAUACUGGAAGUAUAGGAAAGGGGCUUUGUAAGAGGCAGGAAAGAAGUUAACUCAGUGUCCAAAGUUUUGUCCUAAAGAGAACAGGAAAUUCCCUGGGUGGUUUUGCAACCACUCGGCCCCAAAUGUGGUUUCUGUGAUCCUGAAUUAAUUACCUAGUUAGGCAGCUGUGUAGCCCACACCUGAGGGAAAGUUGCCAACCUAACACUUUUUGUUCUAAGACCUAGCUGGUGAGACGUGAGGGACUUGGUAACAUAAAUGUGGUGAUAACCACAGAAGAAGAAUUAUGAAACUGGCCCAACAAAGCCCAGCUCAAUGGAAAUGGCCAGCACUUCUUUUUUCCUCCAUUUAAAAUGAAAUAAAAGCAGCUACAUUAUACAUUUUAUACUAGCAGGUACUCUGUACACAGCAUGUCCCAUAAUAUGUCCACAUGUUAUCUCCAGAAUCCUAAUCUGCAAAGUGGGUGUUCUCACAGCUCUUGACUGGGACUCACCCCAGAUUUGGACGUUGAUUCAAACAGAUGUUUCCAUUGGUUCUGUAUCUGAAAUCUUGUUACUAACCUAAUAAAAGUGCCUAGGGAAGUGGCUGUUUCACACUGUUUGGUGAGAUGUUUGGGGUCAUCUCACCAAAGAACAAACCAGACCACAGUUGCCCAGGUAUAUCAAGGGAUCAGUGUAGGGUAGGUGCUAAAAGUGAAACUGGUCCCUCUGAGGUCACCUACUCUUGGCUCUGAGUCCUAGGGUCCAGGACUUGGGUACCCCCACAGCUCUGCACUCAUGAGUCUGUGGCUCUCUGUCCAUCUGGCCAUAGUUCAGAAGCCUGGCUUUCUCCACCCUUAUGCUUUGUCAAUUUGGUUUAAUACAUAAAGAUGGUUUA